GUAACAGUUAUGGGCUGUCGGAUUUAAAACAAGUCGCGAGGUUUUUCUUUGAAUGCCGUAGUUAGCUAGGGAAGGUGCAGUGUAUGUGUUGUCAUUUAAAGUUUACUUUGUUACAGACAGCGUAUAAUAAUUUGACAUACAUUAGAAAAUACGUUGGAGGCGACAUAUUGCGGCUCUGUCAAAUAAAACAGAAACAUUAUGGCCGUUGGGAGAAAAAGUCGCCCAACUACUUUUUAAACGGUUGCUAUCUUGUUGUUAGCUGGGGUUAACGGAACGCCAACACAAGCCCUUUACAUUCGCUGUAUGUUGAUGUUUGUUGGUCGACAUUCAUCUAUGCCUCAGUCAGGGAAUCUCUGUUCUGCUGAGUAGCUGUGAGAAGGGGAAAUUGAGAUUUUCAUGAUACCCCGACGGAUAUGUUUAUCUGCUGAUAAUGUAUCAUUCAGGCAGCUAUCUCUGGUGUUUGCUACAUCAGCUUUUGUGACAGAUAGGUGUCAUCAAAUCGUGCAAACGGAUGUAAUUUAAUCUUCUUCUGUGUCAGAAAUUGUAACUCAUCUGUUACCUCACGGACCAGCCACAAAACACGGCUUAAAUUACUACCAUCCUUUUUCAUGUAACGUUCUUGUCAGGCCACACUGUAUUGUAUAAUGAGGCUUUAACAAGGAUUAUUAUUUUUAAAUGGAUGUCUAAAGCUGAUCGAUUAUGCAUUUGGCAAGUUUAUUUGUCGUAUGGCUUUCAAGUUGAGCUCAGACAUGAACUGGGACAAUCAGCUGAGCUCCGUCCUGUUAGUAGCAGAUGGCAGCGUUGCCAAGAUGAGGGAAAGACUGACCCCACGCGGGAAAUUUCCCAAAGAAGGAGUAGUAAGGGACAGUGUUUUUAAUUCAGAUUUGAACCCUCCCGCUCCUCCCCAUUGGGACCUCCAUCACCACCAACCUUCCCCAUCUCUCAGCACUGGUGUGCAGUGGGCAGACCUGGCUGCUAUCCAGUCUCAGCUUCAGAUACAGAAGCAGGCGAUUGAGUCCCUCACACAGAAGCUUCAUGACAUGGAAAAGGAGAAAGAAUCUCAACAUUGUCACAUUCGGAACUUACAAGAUGAGGUUCACAGGCUGCGUGAGGAGCUGAUUGAAAGGGAAAGAGGGCAGGAGGACCUGAUUAGGAGGCAAAGUCCAGGAGUUGAGCAAAGGAUGGAACAGUGGAGGAGAGAAGUUGGACGUGAGCUCAGCAGUCUCAGAGGACACAUAACCCGAGCCACAUCACUAGGCGAUCUGGAGGAAAGUUUUAGCUCAAAGCUGCGUCGAGAGGAGCUGGAACUCCUGCGGAGAGAGUUGGAUCAGCUGAAAACUCAACUAAGGAGACAGGAGGAGGACAUGUUCCUCCAGCAGGCAGAAUCCAGGGAGACCAGACGGCAGUAUGAACGUAGCUGCAAGACAUUGGAGGAACUGACUGACAGAUACAGAACUCACAGCACUGAUCUGAUAAAGACCAUCUCCCAGUAUUCCCACACUCAGCAAGAAGUCCGUCAGAUCAGGACAACGGUGUCGGAACUGAAAGAGGAAGUGAGGAGUCUCAUUCUAGGACGACAUGAGCCAGCACCAUUGCCAACUGUACACACAUCUGGGGCCUCACCACUACCAGCCCCUCACAGCCAAACCAGAGGUGACAGGGCUGACUCUGACUCAGAAGACUUCAGCCCGACCCCGAGCCUCGCUGAGAUCAGCUCAGAUGAUCUCUCAUGGGUGGAUGACGGAGAUCCUGGUCUCCAUGAGGCACAACGAGCACGUCCGAGGGUUCGGUCCACACCGAGUGAUUCUGCCGGUCCAGGAUCAGAUCUUGAGGAUGAUGGUGAUGAUCUUCUUGAUGAUGUCAACUCAGAGUUGGGAUCAGACACAAGUCUUAAUGACCUCUGACCAUUUUAUACAGCAAAGUUCUUACAGAACAUGAGGACUCAGAGACUUUUUCUUUUGUGACUCUGAAAAGCUCUACAAUAAAGUCAUACAUUUCAUUUGAUUAGCAUGUGACUUGUAGCUCAGUUGUGACCACCAAAGCUUUAAAAAAAAUCAAAACAAAACAAAAGAAGGAAAGAAAACAAACAGCUUACUUCCUUUGUGGUCUCAUAAGAAGGGCAAAGAAAACAAAAGAUGGCAAACAGCUGAUUUGGAAUAGCAGCUGAGGUAGAGGCAAUUUGUUUUUGGUCGGUUAUUUGUCCCUUUUAAUAAUAUAAUACCAAUUGGUGCUGUAUUAUACAUUGUUGGAAAACCUGAUUAGUCACCUUUAUGAGGCAUCGCAAGUAUUGUGUUUCUUUGAAAAAAGCUACACAGCUACACAUGUGGGUGACCUCCUUACUUUCCUGCUAAGUUUUACAUGUUAGUAUAUCAUUCAAUUCAGAGUUACUGCUUUAGUACACCUUGUAGGGUGUGAUAUUACCAAACAGUUGACAGCUUUUGUGAGAGUACUAGAAACCUUUAACUCUGGUCGGAUCACAGCGUUUUGGAUUAUUCACUUCUUAAACAAGACAUAACUCAUUCCUGUGUGGUUGCAACACAGUUUGUUAAAGUACGUGAUAUCUGUUGCAGUUUGGGACGAUGAGUUCACAGAUUUUCUUUAAAAAAAUUCAUGAACUGUCUCCACAUGCACAAAGCCAUUGGGUGCUGGGAACAAACAGUGAAGGAGAGCAGCUGUUUAAAGAGUUCUUUGUAUGAGCUCUUAAUUCACCUCUUUCAUAACGUUAAGGCUUUGUGUUCGUGAAGAACUGUUUUGAAAGGUGUAUUAUGUGUCAAUGUAAGUAAUCCAAAGCAUAUAUAAUAUUGUAAUUGUUCACUGCACCCUCUACUCAUAUGUUACAUGCUACUGACAAUAAAUGAUGGUUCCUACUAGA